GCUCCCAGAGAACCCGGACUCCGCCAUCUUCACGUUGCAAUCUAUAGCUCCCAGUCCGCGCCCGCACCGACCCAGGCGCACUGGGCGAGCCGCCCCUCAGCCCCGCUCCCCCCGGGCCCGCGGCGCCAGGGGAGCGCUGGGGAGCGCUCGCGGGGACCCGGCAGCUUCUCCGGCCGGCGCCAGCCUGCCAGGUGAACUGGGAAGGAGCCGCUCCUGGAGUCCCCCCAGAGCCUCGGAAGGGUCAGUCUCCGAGAAAAAAACAGGCAGCCCGCAGAAAGCCCAGAAACAACCGAACCCGGGCAGUUUUACAUUGCUUUGGGUUUUUUGAGGGGGCGGGGUGAGGGGGUACGAGACAAGUCCCCAAGUUUUCUUUGCUUUUUUUUCCUUCUUUUAUUUUUUAUUUGUUUGCAUUUUUCUCCCCCCCCCCCACCCCACCCCCCCACCUCCUGGUAGAAGUGCGCUUUCCACCUACCAGACCCUGAAAGAAAGUGUCAGGAGCCGGUGCAAAAUCCGGUUUAAGUUCAAGAAGACAUUUGGAAGUCCAGGAGGCCAAGCAGUUUGAAGAAGUGUAAGCGAUUUUUUUUUCCUUGAAAAGAAUAUAUUUUUAAAGAAACCAGCCAGUCCGCGGCAAGCAACAGCAGAUUUUUUUUUUUUUGCCUCUUUCUCCUAUUUUAGAUCGAGAGAUUUUUCUUUUCUUUUUUUCCUUCUCUUUUUCUUUUUGCAAACAAAGCAAAAAACAGCAUAGAAGAAAGAGCAAAAUAAAGAAGAAGAGGAGGAGGAAGAGAGGGCAAGAGAGGAAGGGGGAAAAAAAAAACACAAAACACCAACCCGGGCAGAGGAGGAGGCGCGGCGGCAGCGGCGGCGGCGGCGGCGGCGGCAGCGGCAGCGGCAGCGGCGGCGGCUCGGACCCCCUCCCCCGGCUCCCCCCAUCAGUGCAGCUCUCCGGGCGAUGCCAGAAUAGAUGCCGGGGCAAUGUCCCGCCGCAAACAGGGCAACCCGCAGCACUUGUCCCAGAGGGAGCUCAUCACCCCAGAGGCUGACCAUGUGGAGGCCGCCAUCCUCGAGGAAGACGAGGGUCUGGAAAUAGAGGAGCCUAGCAGCCUGGGGCUGAUGGUGGGUGGCCCCGACCCUGACCUGCUCACCUGUGGACAGUGUCAGAUGAACUUCCCCCUGGGGGACAUCCUGGUUUUUAUAGAGCACAAGAAGAAACAGUGUGGCGGCAGCCUGGGUGCUUGCUAUGACAAAGGCCUGGACAAGGGCAGCCCGCCGCCCUCUUCGCGCUCCGAGCUCAGGAAAGUGUCCGAGCCGGUGGAGAUCGGGAUCCAGGUCACCCCCGACGAAGAUGACCACCUGGUCUCGCCCACGAAAGGCAUCUGCCCCAAGCAGGAGAACAUUGCAGGGCCGUGCAGGCCUGCCCAGCUGCCAGCGACGGCCCCCAUAGCUGCCUCCUCCCACCCUCACUCAUCCGUGAUCACUCCACCUCUGCGCACCCUGGGCGCCCCGCCGCCCUGCUUCCCCCUGCCGUGCUGCAGCGCACGCCCGGUCUCGGGUGACGGGACUCAGGGUGAGGGUCAGACGGAGGCUCCCUUUGGAUGCCAGUGUCAGUUGUCAGGUAAAGAUGAGCCUUCCAGCUACAUUUGCACAACAUGCAAGCAGCCCUUCAACAGCGCGUGGUUCCUGCUGCAGCACGCGCAGAACACGCACGGCUUCCGCAUCUACCUGGAGCCCGGGCCGGCCAGCAGCUCGCUCACGCCGCGGCUCACCAUCCCGCCGCCGCUCGGGCCCGAGGCCGUGGCCCAGUCCCCGCUCAUGAAUUUCCUGGGCGACAGCAACCCCUUCAACCUGCUGCGCAUGACGGGCCCCAUCCUGCGGGAGCACCCGGGCUUCGGCGAGGGCCGCCUGCCCGGCACGCCGCCGCUCUUCAGCCCGCCGCCGCGCCACCACCUGGACCCGCACCGCCUCAGUGCCGAGGAGAUGGGGCUCGUCGCCCAGCACCCCAGUGCCUUUGACCGAGUCAUGCGCCUCAACCCCAUGGCCAUCGACUCGCCCGCCAUGGACUUCUCGCGGCGGCUCCGCGAGCUGGCGGGCAACAGCUCCACGCCGCCGCCCGUGUCGCCGGGCCGCGGCAACCCUAUGCACCGGCUCCUGAACCCCUUCCAGCCCAGCCCCAAGUCCCCGUUCCUGAGCACGCCGCCGCUGCCGCCCAUGCCGCCCGGGGGCACGCCGCCGCCGCAGCCGCCGGCCAAGAGCAAGUCGUGCGAGUUCUGCGGCAAGACGUUCAAGUUCCAGAGCAAUCUCAUCGUGCACCGGCGCAGCCACACGGGCGAGAAGCCCUACAAGUGCCAGCUGUGCGACCACGCGUGCUCGCAGGCGAGCAAGCUCAAGCGCCACAUGAAGACGCACAUGCACAAGGCCGGCUCGCUGGCCGGCCGCUCCGACGACGGCCUCUCGGCCGCCAGCUCCCCGGAGCCCGGCACCAGCGAGCUGGCCGGCGAGGGCCUCAAGGCGGCCGACGGCGACUUCCGCCACCACGAGAGCGACCCGUCGCUGGGCCACGAGCCCGAGGAGGAGGACGAGGAGGAGGAGGAGGAGGAGGAGGAGCUGCUGCUGGAGAACGAGAGCCGGCCGGAGUCGAGCUUCAGCAUGGACUCGGAGCUGAGCCGCAACCGCGAGAACGGCGGCGGCGGGGUGGCCGGGGUGGCGGGCGCGGGCGGCGUGGGCGGCGCGGCCAAGGCGCUGGCCGACGAGAAGGCGCUGGUGCUGGGCAAGGUCAUGGAGAACGUGGGGCUGGGCGCGCUGCCGCAGUACGGCGAGCUGCUGGCCGACAAGCCCAAGCGCGGCGCCUUCCUGAAGCGCGCGCCGGGCGGCGGCGGCGGCGGCGACGCGGGCGACGACGACGACGCGGGCGGCUGCGGCGACGCGGGCCCGGGCGGCGCGGUCAACGGGCGCGGCGGCGGCUUCGCGCCGGGCGCCGAGCCCUUCCCGGGCCUGUUCCCGCGCAAGCCGGCGCCGCUGCCCAGCCCCGGGCUCAACAGCGCCGCCAAGCGCAUCAAGGUGGAGAAGGACCUGGAGCUGCCGCCCGCCACGCUCAUCCCGUCCGAGAACGUGUACUCGCAGUGGCUCGUGGGCUACGCGGCGUCGCGGCACUUCAUGAAGGACCCCUUCCUGGGCUUCACGGACGCGCGCCAGUCGCCCUUCGCCACGUCGUCCGAGCACUCGUCCGAGAACGGCAGCCUGCGCUUCUCCACGCCGCCCGGGGACCUGCUGGACGGCGGGCUGUCGGGCCGCAGCGGCACGGCCAGCGGAGGCAGCACGCCGCACCUGGGCGGCCCGGGCCCCGGGCGGCCGAGCUCCAAGGAGGGCCGCCGCAGCGACACGUGCGAGUACUGCGGCAAGGUGUUCAAGAACUGCAGCAACCUGACGGUGCACCGGCGGAGCCACACCGGCGAGCGGCCUUACAAGUGCGAGCUGUGCAACUACGCGUGCGCGCAGAGCAGCAAGCUCACGCGCCACAUGAAGACGCACGGGCAGAUCGGCAAGGAGGUGUACCGCUGCGACAUCUGCCAGAUGCCCUUCAGCGUCUACAGCACCCUGGAGAAACACAUGAAAAAGUGGCACGGGGAGCACUUGCUGACUAACGACGUCAAAAUCGAGCAGGCCGAGAGGAGCUAAGCGCGCGGGGCCCCGGCGCCCCGCACCUGUACAGUGGAACCGUUGCCAACCGCGAGAAUGCUGACCUUGACACUUGCCUCCGCGUCUGCGCCACUUCGGCACCCUCCCUCCUCCC